AGACUGCGCUUUAACUGCAUUGUACUACAGUUAUACUGCUCUCUGACUGCAGUCUUUUUUCGUAAGGGUGGUAGAAAACUCAGCCUGCACUAUUUUAAAAGAGUGCUGGUCGUUAGUUAUUUUCUCAUGUUUUGAGCCAGUCCUUAAUUCUAAUCAUUAUAUUCAAUCGAUGUUGCUAUUCUAAACUAAUAAUUGACAUGUAGCUAGCUAGCAGAGGUUCAAUGACGAUGAGAGACAGGAACUACAAUAAAUAAUGAUCAAUGGGCUUUGUGUUGGAACUGUAGUUUUGAGAAAUGUACUACAUCAAUUUGAUGCAUAUUUCACAUAUUCAUCUAUUUUAUAUAAAAUGUUCAAAGCAUAAAUACAUUCAAAUCAGAAUUUUGUGAGAAACUCAUAUGACCGUAAUUGAUUGAAGAAUGAUCAUCUUGCCUGGUGAGUUGGGCAUGUUUUUAAAUAUUUGUUCUUUAUAUCAAACAACAUUGAACUGUAAUUAAAAUGAUUUGAACCAUUUUGUGUUAAAAAAGGGGGACUUUGAAUACGACGUCAUCGUAAUGGUAAUUAAUGACAUCACAUCCUGCAUAUUUAUUUAUUUAUUUAACAUUUAUUUAUUAUGUAGAAUGUCUCUCCUCUAAGUAGUUCCCCAUAACAAAGCCUCUUGCAAGCUAACGAAUGAGGCUGAGCCUGCCAGAAAUGCAUGUCGAGUAAGAUUUGCCAUACGGCAUAGCAAUGUCAUAGACAAUAAACAGUACGUGUUAGGGAUCUUUCUGUUGCUUGUAAUUUUAGUUUGUAGUACAAUUGACGUUGCGUAAGCUGACAACAACAAGAGCAACCUCGAGUGGCUCAAACACUGGCUAGCCAGCUAGUUAGAUAGCUAACUUUAACUGUAACGAAAUGUUCACAUAAGAGCUAGCUAUUACAUUUAGUUUAGUAUAAUCCGACUCGGUUCUCAUUCUUCAAUUUGAACACAUUUAGCUGAGUUUGCCAAGCAGCUUUUCAGCAUCCUGGUCUACCCCUCUCCUGCUCCUGCUCCUGCUCCUCCUCUCCUAUCUCAUCUUGGUCCUGUGCAGUAUGACAAUGCGUGUGGAUGCCAAAGUAGUUAUGCUUGGGAAGGAGAGUGUAGGUAAGACCAGCCUUGUAGAGAGAUAUGUCCACCAUCGUUUUCUCGUCGGCCCCUACCAGAACACUAUUGGGGCUGCAUUCGUUGCCAAACCAAUCCAGGUGGGAGACAAGGUGGUUACCCUGGGAAUAUGGGACACUGCUGGAUCAGAGCGCUACGAGGCUAUGAGUAGAAUCUACUACAGAGGAGCCAGGGCUGCCAUUGUCUGCUAUGAUUUGACAGACACCAGCAGUUUCCAGCGAGCUAAAUUCUGGGUGAAGGAGGUGCAAAACUGUGAAGAGCACUGCAAGAUAUACCUGUGUGGCACAAAGGUUGACCUGAUUGAGAGUGACCGGGGCCUGCGGCAAGUAGACUACCAUGACGUUCAGGACUUUGCUGAUGAGAUUGGGGCUCAGCAUUUUGAAACAUCCAGUAAAACAGGCAACAACGUGGAUGAGCUGUUCCAAAAAGUUGCAGAGGACUUUAAUAGCAUCUCCUUCCAAUUCAUGACCGAAGAGACAGGUAUUGACUUGGGUCAGAAGAAGGACUCUUAUUUCUAUUCCUGCUGCCACAAUUAAACCUUUACUGGUAGACAGCAGUCACUUGCCCUAAAACCAACCUGGAAAUGUUGGAUGGAUGCUAGACAUCCCACCUGGAGCCUGUUAAUUUAAAAUCAGAGAAAGAAAGAGAGGAGUCCAAGCAGUACUGUGUUUUUUUGAUUGCUUUUUUCAGUUUUGCCAUAGAAGGCUAAAUGCACACUGCAUUUAAAGGAGUGCUCAUAAUGAUUGGACUUCCCCUCUCUCAGGACAAAAUACCUGCCAAGGGGGAUAUCGGAAUGAAGCAGACAAGGAAAUAGCACUUCAACCCCACUUUAAAAAAGCCUUGUUUUCCUUAGUGUCUAUCAACUCACCUUAAUGCCGCUACACACUUCAUGCAAACAGAGCAACGGAGCAUCGCAUAUGAUCCAUUCCCAAAUUUUUGCCAAACAAAUAUAUACGUAGAACUAUGUGUGACAACUACUCUGUCGCUGCGUUUAUGAAGUUGGAUAGAGGUGUAUAGGGCCAUUUAGGGACAGUUCAAAGUUUACUGGGGCGGGGGGGUCCAACCCAAUGUGUUAGGAAAAAAAAUGUACGACCACAAAUAACAAUAACUGUGUUUAUAAAUGUGGAUAUCGACUUUGCCACUUCAGCAUGGUUUUGUGGCACAGUCGAUGCACUACGAUCAGAGCCGGCUGCAGACAAUGCUCAGCUAGCUAGAAAUCUAAUUUCAAUGCACCACACAACCCAUAAGCAAAGCAUACCCAUUUCAGGCGCUUCAAGUUCAUGGUUUGUGUUUUCAACACUACAAUGAAAUAUACUGUCAACCUCGACAAACAGAAAAUAGGCCUAGAUCCAUUCAUCAAAUGGCUGCUGCACAGUUUGGAUGCUGGAAUUACAUUUAGGACGAAUGUGCGCAGGUAGCCUACUUUUGAUUAAAACAUUGUGACUGGUUGUGUUUAUGCCACACAUAAAAUUCAAUACAUUUUAAGAAGUUAAAUGACAAAUAUUUAGGCUACAUUGAAUCGUUAGGUUCUAGGUGCGUGAGAAAUAGCUGCUGGGAUGGUUCUCUUGAGGCAGAGCACACGUUAAGCUUUCCUGAAUAAUGGCCUGCUGGAAGCAUAUGUGGCCACAUUUUUAUUAUAGAAUGACUUGGGAGAAUGAUGAUCCGCAACAGACAAUGCAUAUCAGUAUCAGAACAUAAAAUACAGCCAAACUGGCCUGCUACUCUGCCAUUCUAUACCUUAUUAACAGGCGAGUAGACCCACAAGUGAUCCAAAUGGAAUGAAACAUUCAAAUCACAGGGCUUUUGCACCAUUAUUUAAAUAACAUUUUCACUGCAGUUUAUAGCCUAGAGUUGAAUUUUUACUUGAAAACAAUAAUGUAAUAUCUCAUUGCAUUGUGGUGUUAUAGGCUAGUCUAUGUAGGAUAAUUGAAACAUAAUUGUCCCAGAACCAGAUGACUAGGGGAGCUUUUUGAGUUGAUGGCUCAUUUCUUCACAGUUCUUUCAUGCGCAAUGACCCACCUGGCCUCUUUGCUGAUGACACCUCUUUGGUGCAACUUUGAAUGAUUUUAUCUGUGGUAUGAUGCUAGUUAGCCUAUUGUAGAUCUGGACAAAUGAUCCACCUAGCGCUAUUGUCACUAUGAAUGGUGGAUAGAAGGCAGGAUAGACUGGUAUACUAUACUGACCUGUGGUAUAGUAAAAGGUAGCUCACGGAAAAGCAUAGUGCAUAAGAGAAGUACCAAAGCAACUUGAUAUAAAGGAGGCGCAUGCAAGCGGAUGAGGACAUUUGUCUAGGAUGGAAGAAAUUAUAUAGUAAAACCUGCAAAGGGACGAAUGUAAACCAGGGAAACAACACACUACCCUCCCCUGUGGCCAAUAAAAACAACCCUCCCAAAAGCAAAAAUAAAGAAAGAAAAAUGUUAGAUGACACCCCUAUUUUGGACCACCCCACCCCAGUAAAUCUAAAACUUUCCAUAAUGAAUUAUGCCAAUGACAUGUAUAGCUUUUAUCCCAUAAUCAAAUGCCUUGAGUGAGUGUGCUUUUUAAGUACUUGAUUUCAAUGACCAUUCUGUGGGUUUUGGGGCUUUAAACUAUAGACUAUUUUCAUUGUCUACUCUAGGUUGCAAUGGACUUGCCACACUAUGUACCUGCACAUUUAUUGUCAUGUAACAUAUAUGUUUCUGUUGUCAUAAGCUCUCAUACAGUUGAACGUAUAUGGAAUGCACCAACACAGGAAAAAGUUUAUGGGUAAAUGUUGUAAUAAGAGAGUUACGUCGCCAUGGCUAAAAGUACUAGAUAAUGCCAUUGCAAAAUGAAACCCUAUAUACAGACAGCUAUGUGUAGCUAAUGUAUUUAAUAUCCAGCAAGUCACUAACUUAAUGUUUUACAGACACCUCAUCAAACCGUGGCUGACCAUUGUUACUUCACACGCAAUGGGAAGUUUAAACUUUCUGUGAAUGUAUUGUUAAUGUUUACACUUUGAGACACCUUUGACCUUUUGAGACAGUCUAGCUAAUGGCUGAUUUUUACUAGAUUUUACCAAUGUGUGUUCAAAUUAGCUUAGGUAGAACUACUAUUGAAUUUGAGUGCAAAGAUAAAUGAGAGGAAAUACUGAAACCUCACUGAGGUUUUUUCUCAGUCCCACUGAAGUUGUGUAUGUAGGAGACUAGUAGUAAGCAGCAGCAAUGGGCCCACAGGCUGGUUUUCCCUUGAGUAAUGAAUCACAUAUCCAUCAUUAGCGGUGUAUAGCAGGCUCCAUUAUUGUUUACAUACGCAGCAUCUUCUAUGUUGUCACUCCCCAAGGGCGCAGACCUGGUGCCUGAGAAAGAGGGAUAGUUCACAUAUUUCAUUUUCCGAAUGGUUUACAGGACUCUUAUUAGAAGGUGCAAUGUGUACAAGCAUGAAGCCAGAGGUUGUUUGCAGUCCGACGUGUGUUUGAGGCCUUGUAGAUAACAUGCAUAUAUUUCCAACACUACAGGUCCACAGAGUCUGCUGAUAUGAUCAUUCAUUGUGUGGACUCCAGUGACUGUGUUUUCUAGCAUGUUGUAAAUUGGAAAAAUAAAGAUUCCAUUUCUGCAAGUC